AAAUUAAAUAAUGAAAAAAUGCAUAUAAAAUGAAAUAAAAUAUUUAUUUCUUUAUUAGAUAUAACAUAUACAUUUACAAAAACUAAAACACAUAUACACACGUACAUAUGUAUACAUACACUUUUAUAAAAGUGCAGUCGUGCUUAAACAAAAAAAAAAAAAACUUAAACAUGCACCCAAACCCAUAUUGUAACUGACAAGUCAAAGAAACGCAACAACAAAACAAAUCAAAACAAAGAGAAUUUUGCACAAAAGAGAAAGAGACAAAUAAAAGAAGCACAGACACACAAAAACAACAAUAAAAAUGCACAAAUACAAAUGUAACGCAUAAUAAAUAUAUGCAGAAGACUCUCAAGUUGGCAAAAGUAAAAGUCGCUUUUACGUUGUGUUGCAAAAGAACAAAAAAGAAGCCAACAACUUUACAACUGCAACAAAAACAAUAGUCAAGACUAGAAAAAAUAAACUAAUCACAACAGAAAGCAGCAACAACAGCAACAAGGAGUGACAUCCUUGCACAAGUUCUUUUUAGUUAUUUUGCGUAUUUCUCGUACUCACUCACUCGCUCUCACUCUCUCUCUCUCUCUCUAUCUGUCCUGCUUAACAUAUAAUAAAAUAUUUAGCUAUACUUGAAUCCAACACCAACUCAUAGCAAAGAAAAUAAGAAAGAAAAUACAAAAAACCCAGACAUAAAUUUAAUACAACAACUGCAAAAUAUAUAUAAAUGAACAAAAAUAAAAUACAUAAUAAAAAGGUUUUGCGUAACUUAAAUUUUUAAUAAACACCACAGCACAACCAAAUGUGCAGUCUGACUGACGCACAGUCUUUAGAGUCGACGGUCAGAAAGACUAACAGACAAAAAAACUAAAAAAAACAACCAACAAAACCCAACUUACAACAUUCAAACAACACAAAACCAAAAAAAGAGGGAAACGGAAACAAGCCAUAAUAAAAAAAAAACGUUACAUACAAACAGAAGCAGCCACCGCAAUGUAAAUUAUUAAAAGACAAUCUUAUGAAACCUGUAUCUGUCCAGAAGUAAGAACUGAAAAUCAAAUUACCCUACGAAACAAAAAAAAAAACAGCAAAAGAAAUAACAACAAUAAAGAAACUACAACUGCAGCAAAAUAAACUACUACAACGAAGCAAACUAUAAACAUCAUUCAACAAAUUGUAUCGUAUAUAGAGCAAAACUAAAUCCUUUUAAGGAUAUUCAAGCAUUAAAUUAGUCUUCAGUGGUAUAAAAAGAAAGAGAAAGAAAAUAUAUAAAUAAUAGAAAAAAAAUCAAUUUAGCGGAAGUGUUAAACGGGAAGAACUGCAAAUAUCACAAGAAUCAGAGGCAGUAGAGGCAACAUAAGCAGUCUGUAGUUUCCGUUUUGCACAAAUGUGAACGUUGUUAAAUGCGUGUGAAUGGCUGUAGUGUUAAUGUAUGUGUGCCAUUUUUCUUAAAAGUGUAUUUAGUGUAAAACAAAAACACACUUUUCUCUCAAGAAACAUGUCGAAUUUAAUUUUUAUGGAUGAAUCGAAUGGCAAUGGUGGUUAUGUAACUUCUACAACUACGACAUCAGCAGCAGCAGGCGCCGUCGCAAGCGUUAGCAGAACAAUAAAUAAUACAAAUAUUAAAAAUAACAAUAAUAACAUUUCCAACAACAUUAAUAUUAACAUCAACAACAACAAUUACAAUAACAACAACUGUAAUAAUAUCAACAAUAUAAUGGCAGCCGCAUCAAAUGCUGCCACAGCAGCCGCAUCUGCUGCUGCAUCUUGUGUGGGUGGUGUACAACUACCGAAUUCCGUAUCAAAUGAAGAUCUCAGCCAAAGUCUAUCGGAGUACACAGAUGCCGACGAAAGCAUAUCAGCACCAACCGAAUUUUUAGCAGAGUUUCUAUCUGCUGUCAUGCUCAAGGAUUACAAGAAAGCUUUAAAAUACUGCAAACUGAUUUUACAAUAUGAACCAGAUAAUUCCACAGCAAAAGAGUUUUAUCCCCUGAUAUUGGAUAAAUUAAGGGGUACCAAUACAUCUAGUGACAGCGAUGAAAAUUAUAAUAAAUCGUCAUCAUCACCUGAAUUAAUAUUAGAGGCACCAUCAUCAGAUCCUUCGGCUGGGGAGAGUGACGAACAUGAUGAACAAUAUUUAAGACAUAUUAGAGGGGGAGCGUAUAAUAGUGGAAAUGGUGGCGGUGAUAAAGGAUCCGCUGUUAUCAAUACAGAAAAUAAUGAUCCAAAUUCAAAUGUUAGCACCAGUAGUAGUGCAGAAGUUGAAGAAGAGGAUGAAGUGGAGGGUGAUGAAGAGGAAGGCUGUGGUUCUAUGGAUGGCAGUUUAAGUGAAGACGAUGUAGAAGAUGAUGAUGAAGACGAUUGUGAAGAUGACGACGAAGAGGAUGAUGAUGACGAUGACGACGAGGACGUAGAUGAUGAAGAUGACAUUAUGAGCAGUAGUGGUGAUGAUUUACCAGUUGAUGAACAACAAAUACUUGUAGGUGAUGUUUUAGAUUUAGAUGCUUCAUCGGCAAAUGCUUGUGGCGUCGAGGCAGCAAUUAAUAUUUCCAACUCAUCACGCAAUUCAUCAAGCGGUGGCAAAGGGAGCAGUCGCAGUGACAAUACCACACAUUCAUAUUCAAGUCUUUUGCUAGAGGAAGAAGAUGACAUUGUGCCUGCAAACCUACACUUUCCCAAAGAUUUACAUACCACAGAUUUGGAUGUUAGCAAUGGCAAUAAAGUACCUUCAACCUCUUGUAGUGACUCUGAAUCGCCCACAGAACCUUUGACUCAAAGAUUAGCCGCCAUAUUGCGUUCGAAAUGUGGGGUAUCAAAUACGGGUGGUUAGAAAAAAAAAUAACGAAGAAAAUAAAAACAAUAAAACCAAAACUUGCAAAAGCUCUUUAGCAUGCGGUAAAUAUGUAUAUGUAUAUUUUAUAUUGAUAAGAAAUAAAACUUAUUUAACAUAAACACAUUAUUUAUAUUUAAAUAUAUUUUGUUAAAUUAUAACACAAUUUUUACAAUAACAUUCUUUUGAAAUAUAGCAAAGGGACGUGAAUAGAAAUCAUAUUUUAGAUAAAUUAAACUCUUCAAAAUAGAAACUUAUAAUCCUGUGGCUUUUAUAUAAAACUAAUUACAAAUUCAUAAACCAUUCUUAAAUCUUAAUUAACACAGAUGCAAAAUAAAUUUUGUCCGAUCUUUUGAUAUAUUUCAUAUUAUAAAUUUGCAUAUUUUCUUCUUUCUAAUAUGUAGAUUUCGGUAUCUUUUCACGUCUCCAAAAAGGAAAUGUUUAUAAAUAUACAUGAUCACACAGAGGGAAAAAACGUUUUGAAAUUGUAUACGCUUAGUAUCAAAUUGACACCAAAGUGUUUAUAAUUUUUCAAUAGCAUUCAUUGUCAAAAUACGUACGGAUAGUUGUUAAAUCAACAACAAAAAUAUAAAAUAUAAUCGACGUUAUCAAAUCCACAAAAACAAUAACAAUGUGUUACCACAAUGUUGUCAAAAAAGAAAACGCUGCGUGGUUUGAAUAACAACGAUGCAUGGUCGAAAUGAUACAAUGUUUAAUCGAAAUGACAACAAUGCUUUGUUGUAAUGACAACGAUGCGUUUCAAUUUUAUACACAUACAUUGUCUAAAUAUCAACAAACGUGGUAGGCUCAAUCUUGAGCCAAGUUUUACCGGGUUUUUUCUCUGUGUACAAUCGAUUUCGUUUUUAGAUGAGUCGAAGACGAAUUUUAAGACAAAAUCAUAGAUGAAUCUAUGUGCAAGUUUAUGAAAAAGUAUGUAGGAACGGUUCCAUGGACAAUUUAAUAGACGAGAUUUUAGACAAGUUUAUAGACUAUUUUAUAUACCAUUUCAUAAAGGUGUAAAUAGAUGAGUUCAUAGACUAAUCCUUAGACCUGUUCUUACGGAGAAUAUAGAACAGUUUAAAGAUUUGUCUAAAUGUAUAUUUGCAGAACACUCACAAACCGGUCUAUCAACAAGUUUAAAGACAAUUCCAUAUCGAGUUUAUAGACAAAUUUACAGAUGAGUCUAUAUACAAGUUUAAAGACUAUUCAUACUAAAAAAUACAUACGAGUUCAUAGAAGGAUUUAUAGAGAGAGAUCCUAUACGACACUAUAUAGCAAAACCCUAUUCUAAUAUAUACAUUUAAAAGUUAAUUAAAAGACAAUAGACUAGAGACCAUUUUUUACAAAAGAGUAAUGUAUCCACGACAAUGUUUAUAUACAAUGUAUAUAUGUAUUUAUAAACAUUUCUUUUUUCAAGCAACAAUACAACACAGUCUUUUUAAUUUAGUCAAAAAAUAUAUCGCUAUCUAUUAAUUCUAGUGAAUAAUAAUAACAUUUGUAAAGUUAUCUUUUUAAUCUGCUUAUUUUUGGAAAAAUAUUUUUAUAACAAUUUAACCUUUAUACUAACAAUAUUUAUUCUAUUUAUUAGAACUCAUUAGAGAUGCUUAUUAAUCACAACAUACAGACAUACAUAGUAUAUUUAUACAAUAAUACUAUAUUUACACAAAAGAAAACAACAGCAACAAGAAUAAAAACAUUAAAAAUAUUUUGCGAAA